UCCUGGGAAUAUCCAUGAUGAUCUCUGGAACUUGAUUCAACGAUGCUGGUCUUGGAAUCCCGGGCACCGGCCUGAGGCUGCACGCAUCAUUGAAUACAUUGAUCAGUCUAGGAAUGACGACACGCAGGUUUGACAGCAGUAUUCAAAUCAGGAGCAGGUCCUGAUGCACAUCACUUAGAAAAGUCAUUCAAAUGCAAUAUUUGAUGCAGAGAAAAGAACUGCAUCCAUUAAUACCAUGCACUCCAAAACCAAGGUCGUGCAGAGUGGAAGGGGUCAACGCACUUUGACAGCCAUUGCCAAUACUUUCACACUCUCAGGUUCCCGAAGAGGAUCCUCUUUGGGGAGGACAGUGACGACGGCAGCGCGUACCGACACUGGCUAUGACGACCACUGCACCUCAAGUCAACAGGAUGCAGGGCAGCUCACGGGGAACACAAAAGUCUAUGAGUGCAUCACCCAUUCUUGGGAUGAAGACUCACAGUCAUCCACCUCGGGACUUCCACCUCCUCCCGAAAUACAUCUGGCAUUGGCAGAAGAUCUGACAGGUCAGAUCUUCGGUACGAUAAACGACUACGUCGCCAGUGGUGCAUUUGGAAACGUUUACAGAUGUGAAUGGAGACGGCCGUCGGGCUCUAUCAAGGUCGCAGUAAAAACAUUCAGGCAUCACAUGAAUCACACCUCGGAGCAGGAAUUAAGAAGGUUUCGACAAGAAACUGCAAUAUGGGCACACCUCGUCCACGACAACAUCGUCACACUUUAUGGAACGACAGAGGGGUUCGGGCCAACUACGGCCCUUGUCUCCCAGUGGUUUCCAGACGGCACGCUGUUCCGUCUGAUCACAGAACAGGGUGCUACAUUAACAAUUAAGUCCAAAUUGGAGCUGCUUCACGGCAUAGCAUCUGGGCUCUACUAUUUACACUCUUUUCCCGUCGUUCACGGCGACAUUAAUAGCUCCAACGUUAUGGUGGACAUCAAGGACGGUGAAUACAAGGCUUGCCUGACGGACUUCGGUUUGUCAAAUGUCCUCUGCGGACGUUUAAGGAAGCGUCAGAUUGAAGGAUCAACUGUUCGGGCUGGUGCAAUUAGGUGGACUGCGCCCGAGUUGCUCAGGUCACGUGAUAACCCUUCCGAUAUCAAACCGACCACGCAGAACGAUAUGUAUUCCUUCGGUCGCGUCAUGUUCCAUUUGUUGACUUUGACUGUUCCUUGGCAUAACAUUGACGAAUACAAAGUCAUGCAAAAAAUCCAAAAAGGAGAGGAUAUCCCGCGUCCUGAGAUAUCUGAGGUGACGUCUGACGUCACAGACGCUCACUGGAAUCAUAUCGAGCAGUGUUGGUCAAUUGACCCAUCUGCUCGUCCAUGUGCCUUCACGGCUAUGAACUUCAUAAAGGGGGAACUAGAGGCUUUGAAACAAGAUGUAAGCUCGUGACUUGUCUCGUCACGUAGGAGUAAUGUUUCUGACUCUGACAGGAUGUCCUUGUCGGUGAAGUACAGGAAAGCGAUCAAAGUGCAUACUUGCUCGCGGAGCAGGCUGGGAUUUCGACCGCACCGUCAUUUCAGUCUCCCUCGCGAACAC